AACAGAAAUUGCUGAAAACAGCUGAGCAGUGGAGAGAAAUCGGCCUUAAUGUUUCGUGUCCGGUGACCCUUCCUCAGACUUUAAGUGGAAGUGACUCAGUUAAACUGUCCUCCUACUCCAGAUGAUUGCAAUGUAACAAACAGUUAGAAGGAGACAUUCAUUAGCUGCUUCAGCGCUCAGUGUAGUGCUCUCUGGUAUAUGUAGGACAGAGGGAUGUGCUGAACCAGGGUCGAGUGACUGAUGGACUCCAAAUCCCAGCUUGCUUUGUGCAAACAAAGUAAAGGCUUGUGGGAAGUAUGCAAAAAGAAGGAGUUGAAGUAAAGUCAAAUGGUUUUACCACAAGCCACAGAGUUGGAGGCGGGGGAAAGUCUCCGCUUAUAAUCGAUGCCCAGGCUCUGGGAGCUCUGCAGACUCUCCCAAGCCUCAGCAAGUCAGAAGAGGAGCACUCCUUGUUUUGUACAUGGCACUCGUUCUGUGCAGCAGUAGCGGCUCUAGGUACCACCACCAUCACCAGCAGCAGCAGCAGCAGCAGCAGAGAAGGGGAUCAGCUACCGCGAAGGAAUUUCAGUUUUCAGGGGAGUUUGUCUUGUCUUGAGUCUGGGAGCACUUAGGGAGACUGCAUUCUAAGUUCAGCUCCCGGGGAAAAGUGCUGGCGAGGCUGUUCAACCUCACAGAGAUAGAGACAGAGAGAGAAGGGUUGGGGGGGGUGGGCAGACCCAGGAACCAGGGCCGUGUUAAAGACAGACAGCGAGCAAUGGACCCCGAGGUCCCAGAGAAAACGCUGCAGCAGCAGCAGCAGCAGCAGCAGCAGCCCGGGGAGUGCUGGCGGUUCUCUGUCCUGUACCUCUGCUUUUAUGGGUUCAUGGUUCAGAUUAAACCAGCGGAAAGCUUCAUCACUCCUUACCUACUGGGUCCGGACAAAAACUUCACCAGGGAACAGCUCACCAAUGAGAUCACGCCCGUGCUGUCGUACGCGUACAUGUCGGUGUUGGUCCCUGUCUUCCUGCUGACUGACUACCUGCGCUAUAAGCCGGUGCUGAUCCUACAGAGCCUCAGUCACGUGGCCAUCUGGCUCUUGCUGCUCUUUGGGACCACCGUGCUGCAGAUGCAGUUCAUGGAGUUCUUCUACGGCAUCACCAUGGCCGCUCGGGUGGCCUACUCCUCGUACAUCUUCACCCUGGUCAGCCCGCAGUCCUACCAGAAGGUGGCGAGCUACUCUCGUUCCUCCGUGCUCAUGGGGGUCUUUGUCAGCUCGGUGCUGGGCCAGCUGUUUGUCACCCUGGGUGACGUGCCCUUCCUCACCCUGAACUACAUCUCCCUCGGCUUUGUCACCUUCGCCUUCACCCUGACCCUGUUCCUCAAGAGGCCGAAGAGGACCAUGUUCUUCAACAGGCGGCACGCGCUGACAGCCAAUGGCACGCUGCACUCCGAGGGCGAGGCAAUCAAUGCCACCUCCAUCUCGCUGGUGGCCGAGAAGCAGAAGGCCCCCCGAGGCUGGCAGUGGCGGGAAAUGGCGCUGGUCAAGAUGAUCCUGGAGCUCAAAGGUGAGCAGCCUCUGUUUCCCUUCCUUCCUCCAUGUUUGCAGCCUGCUACGGGCUGGAGGUCUCGCUCUCCUAAUUUAGGAAAGUGGAAGCCAGUGAAUUCGUUGAGUUUUACUCGGGUUCAGCUGCAUCGCUGCACUUCAGUUUUGCGUUCUGUCCUCAUGCAGUCCCUCACCUCUUCAGUUGGGCUUCCUUUUAUCUCGUUGGCAGGCGCCAUUGCGUCUUUCUCAGCCGGGCACGUCAAGUUGCGGUGGUCGUUGUGGGCGGAGCUGGUGAUUUUCGUCAUCACGGCGCUGCAGGCCGGGCUCCUCUUCCUGAUGAACUCCACUACCAACAUCUGGGUCUGCUACGUGGGCUUUGUCCUGUUCCGGAGCAGCCACCAACUCUUGGUUCCCAUAGCGAUUUUUCAGAUCGCCACGUCGUUGUCUAAGGAGCUCUGUGCACUGGUGUUUGGUAUCAACACGUUUUUGGCCACCAUCUUGAAAACCAUCAUCACGCUGAUCAUCGCUGACAAACGGGGCCUAGGACUGCAUGUGAACAACCAGUUCUAUUUCUACAUUGGCCACUUCUCGCUGUUGGCCAGUAUCUACCUGGGGAGAGGGCUGUAUGUCUUAGCCAGGCACCAGCGGGAGCUGAAGGCCCGAGGGCCGCAGAAGGAGGGUGAGACCAACAACGGUUCAGUGACUGAGAUGAAUGGGACGGGAGGAUGCCCCCACCCUGCCUGCUCGAGGACCUGAGAGCGAGACGCAGAGCGCGAGGGGGCCAGAGCUGCAGGAGGGAUAGGGAUAUCCCUGCCCCCCCCCCGCCCCAACCUCAACUCUGAAUCUCAUGGGGGUGUGUGAAAAUGUUUGUGAGUGCUCGUUUUGUUUUGUUGUUUGUUUGUUUAAGUAGCGUGGGAGCGAUCGAAUGCAAUGAGGCGGCAGUGAGGCCACGUUCCCAGUAUCGUGGGUCCUCCUCAUCUCCGAGGGGGCUAGCCCCUGCUGGCCCUCUUUUCUUGAGCGCGCCCAGAAGAAUCCCAAGGUGCAGUUGUCCGCGACCAGCUAGACUGUACCCACGCAAAAGGUCGGGCAGCAUUGUCCUCCCUCCCAGCAACACUACAGGAAAUGGACUGAGCUGAACAUUUGCUGGCCCCUCCUCCCCCUCUUCCCCCUCUUCGCCAAUGCAGCUUCUACAUGGACCUGGGCACGAAUGCCAAGCUUGGCCUACCAACGUGGAGCCACACUCUCUAGCAUUUGAACUGGUGCUAAUGUAACACGUGACCUUCUUGCAAGUCGGCGUGGCAUUGAAAGGAGAUAGGCAUGUGGCUCACUGGACCUGUGCCCUGGUUGGCCAAGGACUGUUUGUUUGGGGAAAUGUGUGAAAUGACCAGCUCAGUGCCAGGGUGAGUGUCCAGGAAUAUGCCAUGGCUGCAGAGAUGGGGCAGAGGCGGGGAGUACACAGUGUCAAAUUGUGAUUUAACCCUCAUGCACUUCCACUGCCAACUUGAAGAAUUGGGGGAAGAGACUUGGGGUUUACAUUACAACCCACUUGACUAUGAAAUACUAUUUCAAUCACUUCAAAAUUAUGCACUUUAAUUUUUGAGGAGGGGUGGUUUGGGAGACAAAAAAAUUAACUCUGUUUAACUCUUUUUAAUAACACUAGUACGUCAUGACAGUGCUAGUUUGGUCCUCUAUAUAUUGGCUUGAUUGCCGUUGGCCUAACUGAUUGACACAUGCAUGUGGGCGGUCAUCAUAUUUGGCGUUGGUGUAGUAAUCACCAACACACUGACCAUUGGGCAUGGGUCUGAUGUAAUGGACCCAAAGCUUGCCUUUAUCCAUGACUCACAGAACCUUCACCAGCAGGCCCGAAAGGUUUUGCCCUUGGCAAUGUUGGCAUCAGACCAUUUUUUCAAACCAGUGUUCCUGCCAUAAUUAUUACAGAAGUGGAAGAGAGGAUCGUUUGUAAAACCGAGCAAAUCUUUUGAUGCACACGCCAAAACUAGCUCCAUUUGCACAACUGAUAAGAAUGAAGUUUGAACUGAUUUGACUGUAGUCUUUCUGGUGUAGUAUUUUAUACGUAAUCGAUUAACAGCACUCGAGUUUUUGAAACAAAAAGGUUUUUUUUCAACAUUUACUUAAUGGAUAGGGUUGAUCAAUAAUAGCAUGGGGUUCUGAUUCCCGAUAGCACAAAGGUAGGUUAGCGAAGAUUCGAGCACCUCAACGUCACAUCUCCUCGUGUAAAAGUAAGAUAUUAGCAGUGGCUUCUUCAGCACUUUUUCAUUUCCUCAGUGCCUUUUGAAAAAUCCGCCACUCCACUCAUCGUGGUCAAUGAGGAAAGAACUCGGGGCUGUCCCGUUUGAGGGAAUGUUCCAGAGCUGAGAUGUAGGACCACGUUGGGGGUUUGGCGGGAGUGGCAGAAAUUGGGCCUUAUUUUGAAGAGUUGUCUCUCCACCCUGAGGCUCCCAGCCUCAUUCCUGAUGGAAGGCUCCGGCUGGAAGCGUCAAUUUUUUUUUUUCCCUGCUCCUUGGAUGCUGCCUGACCUGCUGUGCUUUUCCAGCACCACACUCUCAACAUUAAAAGUUAGCCUAAUGGCCACCGCCUUUGAUGACCAAAUCCUGUCGGGUUGACUAAUAUCCGCUCGGGAAGGGAAGCUGCCAUCCUCCCCCGGUCUAAUCUACGUGUGACUCCAGACCCACAGCAUCGUGGUUCACUUUUAACUGAAAAGACUCUCAGUUAUGUGGGAAAUUGAAUUUUUUAUUUCGAAGAGAAAGGCACAGAUCUGUUGUCGGAUGUCUGGGAGCUCACUUAGAGGGAAUGAUUUUAAUUUGAAUGACAUGGUUGUGUUUCUUGCUUGCACUUUAUCAAGGGCCUGUGUUGACUUUUGAAGAAAAUCCGGCUGAUUUCCUCACACUCUUGUUUUUAAAAACUCAUAUUCCAGAUCCUGUCAGUUUGUAAAACCUUUUCCCGUUGAAGUGUUUCAUAUCCAUCACGUUGAAAGUGUCCUAUACAUUCUGCUGCCAAGCUUAAUGCUGCCCUUUCUGCCAAGACGCAUUGAUAGUCUAAACCUCAUUGAUCAUUGGUGGAAGGCAGGUGCCAGUUGCGCCCCCUGGUGGUUAGUGGUUGAUACAGGAAUGUCCUGGUGGGUUGUGUCAUUGUGAGCUGGAGUAGAUGUGAACAUGUAUCUUCAGAGUGGUGUUUUCAUCCAAUUCCAGUGUUUAUUAAGUCCUUACCAAGGCUAAAAAUCAACCUUCAGAGCAUGAUUGCUAACAUAUAGAGUUCUGAUUGGGUUGUGCUUAGAGACCACACUGUUUGGGGAAGGGUGGCAUGGUGGCUGAUGUCACUAGGGAAGUAGAGGCUCAGUCCAAAGCUCUUGGUUCAGAUCCCACUGGGACAGCUGCUUGAAUCUAAAAUAAAAUCAGGAAUUUAAGGUUUGUCUUAUUGAUAGCGACCAGCAAAUGGUCAUUUUCUUGCCAUGAAAACCCAUCUAAUUCACCGAUGUCCUUUUUGGUGAAGGGAGUCAGCCGUCCUGACUUGGUCUGGCCUACAUGUAAUUCCAGAACCACAGUGCAGUGGCUUGUUUUUAACUGCCCUCUGAAAUGGCUGUCAGGUCAAGGGCAAUUAUGGAUAGGCAAAGAAAUACUAAGAUUACCACUGAUACCCUCAUUCAUUCCCAUUCCAAUAAGUCAAAGUGCCUUACGCAGUCUCUAAUGAAAAUAUUCAAGAUCAUUGAUUGUCUCUGUUAUUUCGCUCCUGGGUUUGCUGAAAUGUUUAAUGGCAGGAGAACCCCCCCCCCCCGGACAGUUCUGACCAGCCUCUCCAUUCACAUUUGAUCGAUAGGCUCAGCCAACCGCGCAACCUUCCUUCGUUCAAUCUGCCAGUGAACCAGUAAAAUGACUCCUGCCUUCAGAUUUAUUUGUUUGAUUGUGCAAUGCUUUCUCCAUGCAACGAGUUAAUGGAGCCAUUAUCACGGUCCUAAUAUAAGGAUUGCAGGGCUAGGAGAUUAGUUUCAACACUUACUUAGAAUAUAUGCAUAGAAACGUAAUAUAUAUUUAAAUGAAAUGUGUAUAGUUUUCAGGUUAUAGUUAACAGGCUUUAGCCAGAAGGUUUAGUAACGCUGAAGGCAUUGAAACGAUGUGUUUGCUUUCAGUUCCCACGUAAUGACCAGCUUUAACAUUUAAACAGCUGAUUUCCUUUCCAAUGGUAGCAGGGUAGUGUAGACUGAAGGGGGCACCCUGUUAAGUUGGUGGAUAGUGCACAAUUCUGGUCUCCCUGUCACCGAGGCAGUGACAAAGGUGCAAGACAGAUUUGCAAAAGAUGUUACAAGGUUUGAGAGAGUACGACUUUCAGGAAAGACUUUCUUUUUAAGACAGAAAAGCAAAGUCUGGGAAAUUUCUUUGUACGUGUUCUGAAAGAAUUCGACAGAGAAGGCAGAGAAAAGAUCAUUCCUGCUUGUGAGGGUGUGUCCAAAGCCAGUAGUUAAAAUAUCAGUCAAGUAACGCUACAGGUACAGCACCUCCAAUCUAGCUACCUGCAAACCUUUUGGUAUAAUCAUAGAAUCCGUUUGCAAACAGCCUAUUCGGCCCAUUGAGUCCACACCGAUCCUCCGAAGAGCAUCACACAUUUAUCACUCAAACACUAUCCCUCUAACUCUGCAUUUCCCAUGGCCAAUCCACCUAGCCUGCACAGCUUUGGAUUGUGGGAGGAAACCAGCGACCCAUGCAGACACUGGAAGAAUGUGUAAA